GUCCACGUGUAGAAACCUAGGAGUAUAUAAGCUAGGCUAGCCGUUCAAUCGACAGAAGUACACUUCUCUAACAACCAUCAAGUACCAGCACUCCUGAGGACUUAGAUAUGAAGUUGUUGGUAUUGGCGGCGUUUAUCGCCGUCGUUUCCUCGGGAAACCUGAGCGAACCGGAACUGAACGUCCAAUGGCCAUGGCAAACUGGCAAGAUUUACCGCUAUGACGUCAACUCACACACCCUGGCCCGUCAUCAAGAGGGUGCUAGUUCAGGCACCGCAUUCAAGGGCGUGUUCAUUAUCCGCGUCAAGUCUCCAGGUCGCCUCCAGGCUAAGUUGGAAAACCCACAACAUGCCCAAAUCCAUGAGCAGCUGCCCAACGACAUGGCCAUGCCGAAGAACCUCAAAUACGAAACUGUUCAAAACCUUGAUCAAGUUUUCGAAAUCUCGGUUGAAGGAGGUCGUGUCCUCAGUGUUAACGUGCCCACCACACUCUUGCUUUCUCAUGAAAAUUUGUUGAAGGGUCUGCUCAGUACACUCCAGGUGGAUUUAUCUACCCACUCCAGCACCAACAACCGUGAGGACUACUUAGACAGGGAACGUGAGCAGGGACUGUUCAAAAAGAUGGAGACUGAUGUCACUGGUAACUGCGAAACUAUGUACACUGUUGUUCCUGUGGCCGCUGAAUGGCGACGAGAGCUGCCGCAAUUUGCUUCUGAAGAGGAUCCCAUGGAAAUUACCAAGAGCAGAAACUACGGUCACUGCCACCACCGUGUCGCUUACCAUUUCGGAGUACCCGAAGGCGCCGAAUGGACAGGAACUGCUCACAGCAACGAAGAAAAGCAGUUUAUUUCACACGCCGCCGUAUCUCGCAUGCUCGUUGGAAAGCAGGGUCCGAUUUACAAAGCUGAAACUACCAGUACGGUCAGCGUUCACCCUCUGAUUUACGGAAAGCAGAAAGCGCAGGUUCACAGCCACGUUCAAUUCAACUUACUGUCCGUGGAACAAGACAAUGCUCCCGAAUGGUCCAGUUUUCCCAGUAAUCGUAAAAUUAACACCCUUUUGUACUCACUGACGACUAAGCAAAUGGCUAUUCUUGACAAAACUUCCACGUUGUCACAUUCUUCUGAGUCCCAUGAACACCUGAACCACGAUGAAGCCCGGCGAGAGAAUAUAUUGAACGAAGAUGUUUCAAGGUCUAGCUCCAGUGACUCAUUGUCAGCGUACGUCAACGAAGAUGUCCCCAACAUGAACGAACCAGCAUACGCUGCUCUGUACAUGAGUGUGCAGUCACGCGGUGACAAAAAACAGAACGCAAUGAACGUCCAGAAACUGCUUCAGGAUAUGGCUCAGCAACUGCAGAAUUACAACAACAUGCCAAAGGCUGACUUCCUCUCCAAGUUCAAUAUUCUUGUCCGCAUCAUUGCUUCAAUGAGCAGCGAACAACUCGCUCAAAUAAGUCGUGGUAUUGAAGUUGGUAGGUCUUCCAACAAUAAUGUCAAGGCUGACAUGUGGAUGAUCUUCCGUGAUGCCGUCGUCCAAGCUGGCACUCCUCCUGCCUUUACACAAAUUAAAACUUGGAUCAUGAACAAGAAACUCCAAGGUGAAGAAGCAGCUCAGGUGAUCUCUUCUCUGGCUAGAACGAUUCGCUAUCCUUCCAAGGAAAUUAUGACGCAAUUCUUUGACCUGGCUAUGAGCCCUGAGGUUCAACAACAAAGGCGUCUUAAUACGAGUGCCUUGAUUGCUGCCACUCGAUUAAUCCACAUGGCUCAGGUAAACAAUGAAACUGCUCACAACUACUACCCCACUCACAUGUACGGCCGUCUUACGGACAAACAUGACAUGUUUGUUUUGGAAGUGGUCCUUCCUCGUCUGGCUGAAAAAAUGAACCAAGCUAUUGAGCAACAAGAAUGGAGCAGGGUGCAAGUUUACAUUAAGGCUAUCGGCAACUUAGGACACCGUGAGAUUCUUCAAGUAUUCUCUCCUUACUUGGAAGGCCGUAUUCAAGUUCCACGUUUCAUCCGAGUACAAAUGGUUGUGCAGCUCCGAUCACUGGCUAAGCACCAUGACAAUCACGUGAGGGCUGUACUGUUCAGUAUUUUGAAAAACACUGCUGAGCCUUACGAAGUGAGAGUUGCGGCGAUCCUAAACAUUUUCUUGGCUCACCCAACAGUCGCGAUGAUGCAAGCUAUGGCCCAAAUGACUAAUGAUGACCCUAGCGUUCAUGUUCGUUCUGCUAUCAAGAGUGGUAUUGUGUCCGCUGCAAACCUGAAAGAUCCUCGUUUCUGGCAUCUGUCAAAGACCGCUCAAGCCGUAAGGGAACAGCUUACUCAGGAGAACUUCGGAUGGCGCUCAUCUGUCAAACACUUCGUAGACAACUAUGUAAAGGAUGAUGAACAGGAAUAUUUCCGUGAAUCUUCAUACGUUAGCAGCGACAACCACGCUAUGCCCAAAUACCUGCAGUAUUCGUGGAGAAGCAAAAUCAGUGGAUGGGCACUUGAAAACACUAUUGGCUCUUCAGUUUCUGAUGCUAAGGCUAUUCUCAACUUCAUCAAACAGAUAAUGUAUGAGCCUCUUAAGUCCAACGCCAAUCACAAACACACAGCCCAAAAGAUUUCUGAAAUGCUGAACAUCAGGUCUGAACCUCAGGACCCAAUCCAGGGUGCUUUCUUCUACACAAUUCUAGGCCAGGAAAGAUUCUUCAGCUUCGAUGAAAAUGAUCUUCUGACGUUGGUUCAAGAUGUUAUGGAACACAUGAAGCAAGUAGAGAAGGGUAUGGAGACCCACUACACCAAAGUUUUCAACUCAAACCAGGUGUCUGUCAUGUUCCCUAUUGCGUCUGGUAUGCCAUUCAUCUACAAGUACAAAGAACCAGUAGCUAUUCACGUUCAGGCUAAGUCUACUGGAAAGGUUGUCCGUGACCCCAACACCCACAAAGAAAUGUCUUUACUCAUGGACAAGGAACUGCAAAUUACUGCUGCAAGAAACAUUGAUGGAAACGUUGGUUUCAUGGACACUCUUAGCAACAAGUUGGCCAGUGCCGGUGUUGUCAAGAAAUACCAAGUGAACGUACCUGUUAAACUGAACGUACAGAUCAGCUCUGGAGAGGCAAAAAUGAAUGUUGAACCCCUGCGCAUUGACCAGGACUACACUAUUGCUCAUUACAGCGUGUGGCCAUACACUACCAUCCAAAUGAAGGAUACCUUAGUGCCUUACUCUCAGGAUGCUGCAACCAAAAUUGUAGAGCGACCAAGGAAAGUAUCUUCCACUGAUGUGAAAUUCGGACAACAAGUCGGCGCUGUGUUCCAACUCCAAGGAUACUCUCACUCAAAUGACUUCAGAAAUACCAACCCCGUCCAGGUCGUGUCUAACAUUGCUAACUUAUUAGCUCUCAGAGAUAUUGGUUUGACACACUACAAUCUGAAGUACCUUGCAAAACAGUCCCAGAACAAGAAGCUUACUUUAACCGCUGUCUAUGAUGAACUUUUCAACCAGAAACAGGGCGGAGAACUGAAGGAAGCUCGCAACGUGCAAGAUGUUACCCCCAACAGUAAGGCUCGUCGUGGAGAAAUGGUCAAGCGUGUGUCAUCCGGAAUCAACAGUGCUAGAGCACAGGUGAUUGACGUCAGCGCCACAUUUGAGGGUUCUCAAAAACAGGAGUACGUAUUCACUGCUGCCGUCGCUAGCAGCCCUGUCGACCGUAAAAUGCAGAUGGUUUGGUUCGCUGGAAGAAACUCAGCUCAGCAACGUAACGAACAGGUCAAUGUUGUCUUGAGAGUAACGACACCUGAAAUAUCAACAAUGAACUUCUUAGAAGCUUUGAAGAAAGACAUGAAGAUGACUUAUGAGGCAGACAUUAAGAUCGGCCAGGAUGGAAACAUCCAUAUCCAAGGAACCACUGAACGCACUAAGAUGGCCACCGAACAGCUUAAAAACAAUCCUUUAGCUAAACUGGUACAGGAACAAAUCGCAAAUGGUAACCAAUACCAGGCGGCUGCUCACAGAAUGUUGAUUAGGGCACAUGUUCCGGAUAACAUGAAGGCUAUUGUGACUUACAAGAACCUGAGCCCAAUGAACUUGAACUGGACUUCUCAAGUAUUCCACAUUCUGAAGCAAUGGAACCGUAACAUUGAAAUCAACCCGACCAAGAAGGUUGGUGACGGAAAACUCCAGGUAGAGGUUCAAGGCUCAUACCUCGACAACACUCUUCGCUUCGAGAUGAUUUCACCGGCUGGUUUGGUUCGUGUCGACAACGUGCCACUGCCCAGAUUCACUCCCGAGAUUGUUUCUCUCUACACACCUUUCAGCCCGUACGAGCGUCUCGGCAACUAUGCAGGAUAUGACCAGUUCCAGCCUUUCUGCACCAUUGAUGGCAACAAAGUGAGGACAUUCAGCAACCGCUCCAUUGACUACGAGCUGUCCCGAUCCUGGCAUCUGGUGAUGCAGGAGGAGUCUAACGAAAACCGUGGCAGGUGGAACGAGAUGGUCAUCCUCGCUAGGAGACCCAGCCAGCAAGAGCAGGAGAUUUACAUCUCUUACAUUACUGAAACCGGCAAGGAUCUGGAAAUUGAGAUCAAGCCCUCGCAGUCUAAGAGAGCAAACGUACAUGUGAACACCAACAGCAAGAAGAUUUCCGAAGGCGAUUUGACUGUUUACUGGGAUGAUGUUGAAGAUGAGCCACUUCUGCAAUACUACACUGAAGCCGAUGGUGUGCUUAUGCUUAACAUCCGCGAUGGGCGUCUCCGCGCCAUGUACGACGGUCAGCGCCUUGUGCUCACAACUCAGGACCACCGUAAGAGCACCAGAGGUAUUUGCGGCCAGAACAGCGGUGAAGCUCGCGACGAUUUCGAAACACCCGCCGGCUUGGUCGACCUGCCUGAACACUACGGCGCUUCCUGGGCCCUCAGUGAUGAAUCCAGUGACCCUAAGACAGAAGAAUUAAAGAAGAAAGCCCAGGAGAAGGCAUACCAGCCAACUCCCAAAUACACCGCAAUUCUGCGCUCAGAUGAACAAUGGAGGAAGGCCGUGCAAGAAAGGGAACAGAGAUUGAGCUCCCAAAACCUGUACAUGACGAGGAGUUACCAGAGGAAAGGUAGACAGUGCCAGGUGCAGAAGCAAAUCCAGUACUAUAACACUGACAGAGAAAUCUGCAUAAGCACUACUCCUCUGCCUGCCUGCCCGUCAAAUUGCCGCGGAGUAGCUUUCGACGUUGAGUCUGCUCUUGUCGUCUGCCGGUCAAAUAACGAUGAGCAGUUCAAGACAUACAGACAGCAGAUCCAGCAGGGCCAGAACCCACAACUUCCCCAAGUCUCUCACAGACUCAGGAAAGUCAACUUCAGGGUACCUACAUCUUGCAAGGCGUAAGAGCCUCACCACAUAGCAAUAGAUAGUAAACAAAUGGCAUGAACAUGGAAAACGAUAAAUAAUGCGAUGAUAUUAUUAUUUUAUGUGUUCACUUAUUCCAAUUUGACGGUAUAGUAU